UCUUUUUAUUUAGUGUUGAUUAUAAACAAGAGAGGCAACCGCUGUAAUCAGUUAAGCGCAAUCAACACAAUAAAGGGUAACGACGCCUCAACUAGAGCAAUAUUUAUCGCUACUGCAGCGCGCGCGUCGAAAUCGCGAAUGAUGACUAACACAGGCAGCAGAAAAAUACCCGUUUUUAGAUUUGCUUGCAAGCGUUAAAAGCACACGCCACAAUGUCGGACAUUGAUUGGAAUUUAAAAUGGAAUUGGACACAAUUCUGCCCGACAGGUCUAAAGCCGUUUGCCAACGAUACCAACGAUCUGUUGCCAUGCUUCCAGAAGACACUGCUGCAGUUUCCUGUCUACUCCAUAUUUGCGGUAAUAUCCGCCUACAAUUUCGGAGGAAAUCACACACAAAGCAUAUCGCGCAACCGAUGUCAGUUGCAAUUAAUCGCGAUACGCAUUGUGCUAAGCAUUAUAUUAGCACUGCUGCCCGUAUCCAAGAUAUUUGUGUUCCAUCGUGCGGGCAUCGAUUUGUAUGCCGUUGAUGUGCUCGUCGUCGCUGCCGAGUGCAUCAUGUGGCUGGUGCAUUGUGGCUACCUGCUGACUGCUCGACACUUUGGCACGCUCAGCCAUCGCGGCUCGCUGCUGCUGAAUGUGGUCUGGCUGAUGGUUGUGCUGCUGGAUGCGGUUUGGUUGCGUACUAGUCUACAUUUUGAAUGGUGGCCCUGGAGCCUGGCCACGCUGCUCUGUGAUCUUUGCUUUGCCGCCACCUUGAUUCCCAAGGGCAACGCCAUUAUCUCCACUUCAAAUGCGAACAGUCAACGGGAUCGUGAGCAGGAAGCUUUGCUACCGCAGCGUUACACCUACUUUCACAUUGAGCUGAAUGAGGCAUUGCUCGGUCAUGCGCAGGACGAGGCCAAUUGGGCAUCACGCUUUCUGUUCCAUUGGGUGCAGCCGCUGAUUGACAAAGGCGUCGCCGGAAAGCUGCGUCGCAUUGAGGAUCUGUUUGAUCUGCCGGAUGCCUUGAAUAUCACACGCUUAAGCGAGCGUCUUCACUUGGCGUUAUCGCAAUCGAAGAGUCUGCUGCGUGCCCUGCACAAAGUCUUUGGUCUGGAGUUCUAUUUGAUUGGCUUGCUGCGCCUGGUGGCAGACGUCAGCAGCUUUGCCGGACCGUUGUUGCUUGGUGCUUUGCUGAAAUCCGACGAGUCUAAGCCAACUAAUAGUGCUUACUAUUAUGCCUUGGGUCUGUUGGGCUCGACACUGCUGUCGGCGUUGUGUGGAUGCCACUUUGAUUGGCGCAUGUCCAUGGUCAGCAUGAAGAUGCGCGUCGGUGUCGUCAAUAGCAUCUAUCGCAAGGCACUGGAGGCGCGUGGCGUACGGGAAUCUCGUCCGGAUAUGCUCAAUUUGAUGUCCACGGAUGCGGAUCGUAUUGUCAACUCGUGCAUCAGUUUUCACUCCUUCUGGAGCAUUCCCUUCAAGCUGUUUACUACGCUCUAUUUGUUGUAUUUGCAGUUGGGCGUCGCCUUCUUUGCGGGCGUCAUCUUUGCGGCGCUGUUAAUACCCGUCAAUCGUUGGGUCGCCAAGCGCAUUGGCAUCUACACGGUUGGCUUGAUGACGGCCAAGGAUGCACGUCUCUCGGCCACCACAGAGACAAUGCAGGGCGCCAAGCAAAUCAAAUCGAAUGCCUGGGAACCCAUCUUUAUACGCAAAAUACGUGAACUGCGUCAAGUGGAGAUUAAAUUCCUGUCGAAGCGAAAAUAUCUCGAUGCCAUGUGUGUGUAUUUCUGGGCCACAACUCCAGUGCUGAUGAGCCUGCUCACCUUCAGCGUUUAUGUGCUGCUGGGACACAACUUGGUAGCCUCUACAACUUACACAAGUGUGGCGCUGCUCUACAUGUUGAUUGGUCCCCUGAACGCUUUUCCCUGGGUGCUGAAUGGCCUGGUGGAGGCUUGGGUAUCGUUGCGUCGAGUGCAGGAACUGUUGGAUGUGCCCAAUCUGGAAUACUCCAGCUACUACAAUCCCAUAAUGCGUGGCAGUGGCAACCGCAGCGCCGGCGAUGAAGCAGCCACUGUGCUGCAGAUAAAAAACGCAAGCUUUGUGCAUGACAGCAAUGAGCAAGAGCCUGAGACGACUCCCAGUCAGUUUCAACUCAAGGAUAUCAAUGUAGACAUCAAGGCGGGUCAAUUGAUCUGCAUCGAGGGACCGGUAGGCGGUGGCAAAAGCAGCUUUCUCACCGCCAUCGUUGCCGGCCUGCAGUGCGUCGAUGGCGAGGUUUGUGUCCAGGAGGUGACCACAGGCUUCGGCUAUGUGCCGCAAUCGCCGUGGCUGCAACGCGCCACCAUACGCGACAACAUUGUGUGGGGUAGCAACUUUGACGAACAGUGGUAUAAGACUGUACUCUUUGCCUGCGCUCUCAACGAGGACAUUCGCACCUUGGGCGGUGAUCUGAUGGGCGUGGGCGAGAAUGGCAGAACUCUAUCCGGUGGUCAGCGAGCACGUGUUGCGCUGGCUCGAGCUGUCUACCAGGACAAGAAGGUUUAUUUGCUGGAUGAUGUGUUGUCUGCGUUGGAUGCACAUGUGUCUAAUCACAUCAUACGUCAUUGUCUGCUGGGUCUGCUGAAGCACAAGACACGCAUUGUGGUCACGCGCAGCACACAGCUGUUCUUCCACGCCAAUCAGAUACUGAACAUCAAGGAUGGUCGCCUGACACCCAGCGAUUACAUGACGGAGAGCAUUGAUGUCAGCCAGGAUUUCGAUGACGAUACGCAGGAGUUGAUGCAGGGCACCUUGGAGUUACCAAAUGCCGCUGAUGCGGACAACAAGAGUGUGGAUAGUUUGCUCAUGGAGGAAUCACGUGAAUAUGGCCAUUUAUCGGGCUCUGUGUUCAGUUGCUAUUGGCGUGCUGUCAGCACUCCACUCGCUUCGGCCGUGUUGCUCUUUGUGCUGCUCAUGCAGUUGACGCGCAAUUUGAGCGACACUUGGCUGGCCAAUUGGGUCACGGAGACAACACUCGAUGGACAUCCCAAUGACACAACGCUACAGCAUGUGCUUAUACGACCGGGGCAGGAGGCAUCCAAUAAGACCGCACACUCCACGAGUUACUAUUUGGGCAUCUUUGCGGCCAUUGCAUUGACCAAUUCGCUGGUUACCUUAGCGCGUGCCUUUUUAUUUGCCUACGCGGGCAUCAAAGCGGCCAUCUUUCUGCACGAGCAGAUGCUGAAGCGCGUCAUGUUUGCCAAGUUCAAUUUCUUCGAUGUCACCUCGGUGGGUCGCAUACUCAAUCGCUUCAGCUCGGACACAAAUACUGUCGACGAUUCGCUCCCCUUCAUAAUGAACAUUCUGCUCGCCCAAUUGGCCGCCUUGUUGGGCUCCUUGUGCGUUAGUCUCUAUGCCAUUCCCUGGCUGAUCCUGGUCGUUAUACCGCUGGUGCCCAUCUAUUUGAAUUUGCAGCAACGCUAUCGCCACGCCUCGCGCGACAUUAAGCGACUAUCCAGCAACGCAAUGUCGCCGCUUUAUACGCACUUUACCGAAACGCUUCAAGGUUUGUCCACCAUACGCAGCAUGCGUGCCAGCGCUCGGUUUCAGCGUGACUUCCAGGGCAAGCUGGAGGAGAGCACCAAGGCGCAGUUGUCAUCGGCUGCUGCACAACAGUGGCUCGCAUUGCGACUGCAGUUGUUGGGCGCUUUGUUCGUGGGUGGCGCUGCCAUGUUGGCGGCUAUAACUUUGGCGCAUGCCACAAAUCCUGGCUUCGUUGGUCUGUGCAUCUCGUAUGCGUUGUCCAUAACUGGACAGCUGGGUGAUUUGCUACAUGCUGUGGCCGGAACGGAGCAGCAGCUGGUCGCCGUAGAACGUCUGGAUCAGUAUCUGCAACUGGAGCCGGAACAGAAUGCCGAUGGCAGCGCCGAUCCGCCUUUUGGUUGGCCCACCCAAGGUGUGCUCAGCUUCAAGCAGGUGCAGCUCAGUUAUCGCGAACACUUAGCGCCAGCGCUGCGUGGCAUCAGCUUCGAGACGGAGGCCUUCGAACGCAUUGGCAUCGUGGGACGCACGGGAGCCGGCAAGAGUUCAUUGUUGGCUGCCUUGCUGCGUGUGGCGCCAAUCUCGCAGGGCGACAUCUAUCUCGAUCAAAUGAAUCUAAAUACGUUGGCGUUGAGUGUGCUACGCGAACGCAUUGGCGUCAUCACGCAGGAGCCGUUCCUCUUUGCAGGCACUGUGCGUGAAAAUCUAGAUCCUCGACAUAGCUUCUAUGACUCGGAGAUCUGGCAUGCCAUCAAGAAUUCCGCAGCAGCCACAUUGCUGGUGCAACAGCUGGGAGGACUAGACGGACAUAUCGAUAGUGGCGGCAAUAACUUGUCCGCCGGACAGCGGCAAUUGUUGUGCCUAGCGAGAGCAUUGCUCAAGAACGCCAAAGUCGUGUGCAUUGAUGAGGGCACCUCCUCGCUGGAUGACGAGUCCGAUCUCAGCAUGCAGCAGGCACUGCGAAAUACCUUCAAGAGUUGUACGCUCAUCUUUAUCGCACAUCGAUUACGUGGUCUCCAAGCCAUGGAUCGCAUCAUUGUGCUCGAUGAUGGACGAAUUUGUGAGCAAGGCAAACCGCAGGAAUUGGCCAGCAAUACAUCAAGCAUAUUCUUUAGCAUGCUGCAGGCGCAGGAUAUCAGUCUGGAGGAUUUUGCCAAAGUCGAUUAGCAAUUGUUGCUGUGCAUAUUCAAAUUUGUCAUACAUGCUUACUAUUUAUGUGUAUUUAUUGUUUACAUAAUUUCUAAUUUUUAAAUGUGUAUUUUUAGUUGAUAGUUUUACCAAAAAUAUUACAUUUAUAUUUGUGUAUUUGUAUUCGUAUUUAUUUGUAAU